UCAUAGUCAAUCUUGGUGACUGUCAAGUCAAUAAACUACUGUAGCUCCAUCUGCACUUUCUGAAACAUACAAUUCAAGGUUAAUGGUAACCUUAUUUUUAAAUGGAAGUGCAACUUUCCCCUCUUUUAUAAGCGCUUCCCUUUCACACAUUUUAGCCCUCUUGGUAUUUCAGCAAAGACUGACCACUGGCAUCGCUUCCGAUUUCCCACCUUCAGGGCACAGAUAUUUUAAAUCAAACUUUUUUUUGCAAUAUACUGGUUAUUUAUUAUUAGGGGUUUCUCUGUGUGCUUUCACCUUAGUAAAAUUGUUAGGAUGGCUGUUAGUGCCCCAUAAAGUUCUGAACAUCAAGCUUUGACUUGCAAAAUUACAUUUUAAUUAAGUAAAUUGUCUAUUUCUUUAUAGGUAUUACUAUUACAAUGCAUAACUUUCUGAAUAGUUAGGCAGAGGUUACAUAAAAGGGUUUCUAUGAUAUAUAUUGAAUCAGAAUAAUUGUUGCAUGUGAAGCGAAACACAACAGCCACAUUUGAAAUGUACCUUGACAAAAUGAAAUGAGUUUUCUUUUCAUAUUCCCGUAGUCAUUUUUGUCUUGCAUGAUGUCUCUCCUUUGCGCUUUAUUGUUAAUGUGUCUUUAAAGUUAAAUUGUUUAGUUAACAUGGUAGCGAUUUAAAUCUAUCUUGUCAACAUUGUUUUACAUCAAAUGCUAGCUUCUCUAACUUGUUACGUUACUACAAUAGGUUAAGAGAUUAGAUUUAAUGUUAGGUGUUACAGUACCCUUGUUCUGGAUUCAACAGCUAUGAAACUUUACUCUGUAAACAUUCCCUCUGUACAAUGUAUAGAAAGUUGGUCUCUCUGCUAUAAGUAAGUUGUGUAUUUUCUGUUCUGGACAACCUGGUGUAAUAGCUACAUGAGUGGAGACUGGUCUAUAAUGUUUUAUGGAACCUCUUUCUUUUCAUUAGGUUGCCAAUGCAAUUUAUUGUUUGUCAAUACACAGCUACUUCAUGUUCUGUGAAACCAUAGCUUUUUGCCACCCAUUUUUGGAAUUACUCUCAGUAGUGAUUUGAAUAGCCUCGGACCACAGCUAUGAUUUGACCUGCAGUAAUGAAGUCCACCCAUCCUUACAUGAACUAGUAGUUACAUUAUUGUGGACUGGACUGUCAGUUUUAAGAAUACCUGGAGUAUCAUCCGCCUAAAUUAAUCAAUUGAUUAUUCAUGUGGCAUAUAGUUGAAAUGUUGACAUUUAAAUGAAUCAAUCAUCAGGUGGUUCCAAGAAACGAUUUUCAUUUUGUUAAAUUAUCAUCUGAUUGUAUGGUUUUAGUGUUCAAUGAGACCUACUGUACACUAGUGAAAGAAAGCACUUUCAAAAGCAUAGUGUAUAGUCGCAUGUUUAUUUCUCCAUGACUAUCUAAGACUGUGUUUACACAGGGAUCCCAACUCUAUUUUUCUACUAAUUGGUCUUUUGAUCAAUCAAAUCUGCUCUAUUGCACAUAAUUGGGCAGAAGAUCAGAAUUGGGCUGCCUGUGUAAUCACAGCCUUAGAGAGUGUACAAAACAUUAGGAACACCUUCCUAAUAUUGAGUUUUGCCCUCAACAGCCUCAAUUCGAUGGGGCAUAGACUACAAGGUGUCAAGAGUUCCACAGGGAUGCUGGCCCAUGUUGACACAAGUGCUUCCCACAGUUGAAGUGGAUGUAACAGGUGACAUCAAUAAGAGAUCAAAGCAUUCACCUGGUCAGUCUAUGUCAUGGAAAGAGCAGGUAUUCCUAAUGUUUUGUAUACUCUGUAUAUAAUACCUAUAAUAUAAUUUUUAGACCCCAAAAGCAGCACCUUCAGUUCCCUCUGUAUGCGGUUGAACAUAUUUCUGUUUAUUGUUGUGAAAAAAGCAACCAAUUUUGGGGACAGUUCCACCACUUACAGUAACCCCCUAUCCAUAAACUGACCGUAAGUGUCCUUGUAUAAGCUGGUGAAAAAGUAAACUUGUUUCAUCAAUGUGGGGGGGGGGGGGGGAUAUCAAUGUUAAAAUAUUUUGACAAAUAUUUUGUUCUAUUUUUGAAAAUGCAAUGUGUCACUUGUAGAAAGGUUAUUCUGAUGAAUGUAAGUCAUAUACAGUCAUUAUUGCAGACGGUUCUCAGUUUAAUAUUAGGUAAUUGUUUGAUUGUGAAUAUGUUGAGCUUGAGCAAUUGAGGACAAAAUCUUCAUUUUGAGAGUUAUUUUGACUCAGAUUUUCAUAUUGGAUCAUUGAACUAAAGGAAGUAUAAAAAACAAUUGUUAGUCAAGUUAUAAAGUAUUGAAUUAUUCAAUUUCACAGGUGGUUGAUCAAAAGCCAGAUGUUGAUUUGCAUAGUCUUUUAAGUUGUCCAUUCGAGUGAUCUGUUUUUUUAUAUAUAUAAAUAUGUAAUGUACUGCUUUAAUUGUGGUUGAUUUAUUUCAGUAAAUUACUAUUAGAUGUGAGAUCUGAUUUUUCAAUGUACUUUUUUAUUUGAAAGGACAUGAUGAACAUUCUCAGUACAGCAGGCCUACAGUUUCUUAGUAAUAUAAACUUCAUAAUUAAAGGUAAUUGAUUAGGCUUUUUUUCCAUCAUAGGGCAUAUAAAAUACACAAAUAGUCUAACACUUGUGAAUUCGCCUUGGUAUUUCAAUUGGAUUGCUGCCAAAUGCACCUUUGAAGGUUGGCCAAAACUAACAAAUGGCGUAGCUGUAUCUUUUUGGAGCAGAGCAACACACCUAUAAAGUGGCAUUGGACAAAACAAACAUUUACCUGCUGACGUUAGUCGAACACGUUGCAAUACUACGCUUAUGGUGCAGACAGAGUGUGAGGGUAAACCAUACGGUUGGAUUAUUUUUUUAGCACAACAUUAAUCAUUUAUAUGAUCUUUAAUGUACUUUUAUUGUAUUAAGAUUUUAGAAUGAGAAACUCGAUAUUUGGAACAGGCUGUUUUUGAGGACUUCAGUUGAUGGGAGUUAAUUUUUGAGGGUACUAAACUGGAGUGCGUGCAGGCAGAGGUUUGGUCAAAGCGGUUAUGGAAGCGUUGCCAUUCGGCUGGAUGCUCCACAGGUCUAACGUGGGGGAUGUGACAGAACUUCUGGAGGCUAGGGAGUCUAUGAGGGCCAGCGGCAGUAAAACCACACCUGUCCAGGAUCUGUUCCAUGAGGACGCUCAGGGGUCGCAGCAUCUCUCUCAGCCAUGGUGGAGGGUGAAGCUGUUUGUGUGGGAGCCUGUCCUGUUUGGGACGUGGGACGGAGUCUUUACUACCUGUAUGAUCAACAUAUUUGGUGUGGUGUUGUUCCUCCGCACUGGGUGGCUGGUGGGGAACCUAGGUGUAUUGCUAGGUAUGCUCCUGGUAUCUGUGGUGGUUAUCGUUGCCCUGGUAACAGUGAUGUCAGGCAUCGGCGUCUGCGAGCGCUGUGGGGUCGGUAGUGGUGGAGUAUACUCCAUGAUCUCUACUGUCCUGGGAGGAAGAGUAGGUGGGACCGUGGGGCUCCUGUAUGUUUUCGGCCAGUGUGUGGCUGGAGCCAUGUACAUCACAGGGUUCUCAGAGUCUAUCGCUCAGCUCCUGAGCCUGCAGAGUGAGUGGGCUGUUAGAGGGAUGUCUGUGGCUGUCCUGCUCGGCCUUUCGGGUAUUAACCUCGCCGGGGUCAAAUGGAUCGUCCGUCUCCAGCUGAUACUACUGGCCGUGCUAGCUGUCUCAACGCUGGACUUCGUUAUCGGGACGUUUUCCCACCUCGACCCAGAGCAUGGCUUCAUAGGGUACUCCGAGGAGCUGCUGCGUAAAAACACUCUACCAGACUACACGACAGGAGAAGGAUUCUUCACUGUAUUUGGAGUGUUCUUCCCCGCUGCUACAGGUGUGAUGGCAGGCUUCAACAUGAGCUCAGAUCUGCAGAGACCGGAACACAACAUCCCUGUGGGAACACUGGCUGCCGUCUGUACCUCGUGGUUCCUGUAUCUGGUCUUUGUGUUCCUGCUGGGAGCCAUCUGCACCAGAGAGGCACUGCACUUCGACUUCUUAAUAGCAGAAAAGGUCUCCUUGGUGGGUUUCUUGUUUCUCCUGGGCCUCUACAUCUCCUCGCUGGCCUCCUGCAUGGGCGGUCUGUACGGAGCACCCAGGAUCCUCCAGGUCAUCGCCCAGGAGAGGGUCAUCCCAGCCCUCGCCUUCCUGGGACAAGGGAAAGGUCCUAAUAAGACUCCGGUGGCAGCCAUAGUCUUGACUAGCCUGCUGACCAUGGCUUUCAUCUUCAUCGGACAGGUCAACGUCCUGGCCCCCAUCGUCACCAUCAACUUCAUGCUCACCUACAGCUUCAUUGACUACUCCUACUUCAGCGUGGCGAUGACCUAUAGCCUCCAGCCCAGAGAGAAGAGGGUUGGUCCUGCCAAGAGGCCUGGGACUGGAGCCUCAUCCUUCACAAACCAUACGUCCAAGCCCCUCAUGACCACCACCCACCAGGGUUAUGGUACAGAGGGGGAUGUUGCCAGCCCGGGGAAGGGGACCCUGUUAGAGUUUACUAGGGAUAUGGACCAGAUCUUUCCCCUGCCCAAUGCUGGUGAACAGGAGGAGACAGAAAAGGACAAGGCCACAGAGAAGGUGUCCAUGCCAGGCCUGAGAGGCAGGAUCAGGAGGGUGAAAGCCCCUGCCAAGAAGACUCUGAUGGAUAGCUUUGGGCUUGACCAUAACAGCAAUGCCUUCCCUAGUGAGGGAGAUGAAGAUGGAGAAGGAGAGGGAGGGGUUGAUCCGGCUCCCCCAGGUCCAGGAGAGUGUAUCUUCCCCAAGGAAAGACCUGGAGAGCCCUGCCCAGACCCUGAGGAGGUGAUACAGGACAAGGCCCUCCUUCCCGGUCGUAACCCCAUAGAGCUUGACCCUCCAGGGCCACAGAGAGAAAACACUGGUUCUGACUGUAAACCAGACUACCAGGGAUCAGAAAUCCAACCGAUGCCUGAUUCCUUCUAUGCCAAAUUCUGCAACCACUGGAUUGCACUGAUUGGUGCAUUAUGUUCCAUCCUGAUCAUGUUUGUCAUUCAGUGGGUCUACGCCUUGGCCAAUAUAAUAGUCGCCUUGGUCCUCUUCCUCUACAUUGGAAAAGCAAGCCCUGGACUUCCAAUAGGAGUGGCAGCCCGUUUCAGCUUUUUCAGAUGGAUUAGGACAACCCUGAGCAACCUAGGAAGGGGUGAGCUUCCUCGGGACCAGAUUAUCGUGACACCCUCUCUGUCAGGAGUCGGCAUGGAAACCAGGCAGCUGACAGAGGAAAACCUGGACUUUGCCUCUCGGGACCGCUACCACCAGUCUUCCUUUAUCGAACCAGACAGGAUGGCGCACCUACAACUUAACUAAUCACCACAACUCUGGAUGGCUGGUCCCAUCACAGACCAUAGUAGCCUGGUCCAAUAUUUGUUUGGGCUGUCUUGCCAACUUGUUACAAUGACCAUAGGAGUUAGCAAAACAGCACAAAAAGAUCUGGGACCAGGCUGAAGUAAUGUCUCAUUCUAGAAUUUAUAGACCGAUUAUAAGCAGUCAAGCUGAAAUCAGUAGUCCUACUCUAUGACAUCUGGAUGUGUACAGGUCUCUAUGACUGUGGCAAUGCAUUACAUGUUUGAGCAAUGCAUUCCUCUCAAUGAUUUGCUCAAAUGGUUAUUCUCUAUUUAUUGUGUCCAUUAUCAUUGAAUAUAUAAACAAUACAUGUUAUUUUCUUCCAAUCUAUGUUUGACCUCUGAUUAAAAUGUCUGGCUUCA